AUGUUUCGUGUCGAACUUGUAUCAGACACCUCAACGGCCACACCAGGCUGGUCCUACGCCCCAACCCGGGGCUUCGACCCCACACAAGCCAUGGCCCCAACCCUAGGCCGCAAACGCGGCAUCCGCGACGCCGGCAAGGGCGGCGACAUUUCCUCCCGACAAGCGAACGCGAUCGCACGUCACAUCGCCGAACUAGAUCGCGAGAACCAGCGCGACGUCUCCAUCCCAGCACCGGUGAAACAGGCCCGAGAAGCCGGCGCACGCGGCACACGAGCAAAAACCACCUCGAACGUCCGCCGCAUCCUACAAUCCCAAAAGACCUUCCGGAACCACCUAGACGACGAAGAAGCAGCAAUAGCCUCGGGAAGUGGUGGUGUAGCUGGCAUGCAGGGUGCGGGAGGCGCGAACAUCAUCGCGGCUAAGGGAGGCAAGGCUGCUGCGCGCAGCUCAACACCGGCUAGCACAGCAGGCGUCAAACGUCCCUCGGCGGCUAUGGCGGGUGUGAGAACAGGUGCAUCGACGCCUGCGCGAGAAACCACAGAUGCUGAAACUGAUGUCGACGAUGAGACGUCGCGAAAACCGAAACUUAUCAAGUCUGAAUAUGAUAAUGAUCCUUUGCUGCGCUCGUAUGCACCCCCUGUGCCUUCUGACCGGCUGAUGCAGCGGCUUCUGGCGGAGGCGCCGCUUUCUUAUAAUGCGUCGCGUGCGAAGCCGCAGACGUCGGGGCGGCCAGGGCGGCACUUUUGUUGUAUGUGUGGAUAUUGGGGGAAGAUUCGGUGCAAGAAUUGUCAUUUGAGGACUUGUGGCUUGGAUUGCUAUAAGGUUCAUGAGGAUUCGAGGUGUGGUGCUUUCUUCUAG